AGAGGAAGGACAGGUGGGAGCUGGUACAUGUCGGCCUGCAGCUGCCUGCCUCGUGACUGAACCAAAAGACUGGCUUUCCCUUUCUCUCCUUCGAUGACAGCUCAUGCAUCCCUCUUCCUAUUCACCAGAUUGUAUUAAGGAUGGCGCCAUGGAAAAUGGAGCUAAACGUGCUGUUCCUAACUUCACAUUACUCACAGGUGUCAGAUUAAUGAGGGAGCUGUCAAUCACUCGCCAGCCUAUCUGAACAUUUCCUCUCUACUGUCUCUUUUUUUGGAAGGGUGUCAUUUUGCAUCCCAACACCUGGAAUACAUGUUCAACCCUAAAUGAACAUUAAUUUUCCCUCUCUGAUGGAUUAACUGCUUGUAUUUGCUGUGGUUUCUUUUAUUUAUACACUGUUAUCUGUCAAAGACAUGGGAAACUCCAUGGGUUGCGUUAGGCCGCCUCGGGAGGGGGAACUUCCUGGAGCCCCCCCACUUUCACCAAAGAAGCGUCUACGUUUCAGACGUAAGCACAAGGGCAGGAAGAACAGGAAAGGAGAGUUGGAUCAGGAGGACUUUGAGCGACGAAGAAGCAAUGAGCCAGAGGAAAGAGAGGAAGAGGAUGAAGAUGAUGAGGAAAAAGUCGCUAUUGUAGAAACAGCAGAUUUUAGCAACAGAGCCACGUCUUGUAUAACAGUGCCUGAUACCCAGUUAACUCAUUCCAAAACUAUUCUGCACAGCAAUACGCUUUCCCCUGGCUCUGUGAGUGCUGCUGUAGGGGCCCGUUUAGGCAACAGAAUACUUGAAGUAUCCCCAAAGCCCAGCCCAGCCUGGAGAGGCGUUUUCUGCCUUCCAGGGGAGGAAGACACUGUUAGCGGCAUCAUAGAUGUCUCCAGUAUCCCAAGCCAAACCACAACCACUACCCCAGUAAACACAGUCCCAGCCCUGGGCAGCACCACUCCUGGUGGUGGGAGGGUCUGUCGGGUUAAGGAGAAAGUUCAAGGGGUCCUUGAGAAGCCUUGGGUCCUCCGACAGAAAAAGGAGAGAAAAGACAAGGGGAGGGUAGAAAGAGAGGACAAGGGGGAUGGUGGGGUUAAAGAAGGACCAGAGGGGACAGUAGGAGUGAUACGGACACCUUCUGGGAGGGAGCACAAAGGUGUUGUCCAUAUCCGAGAGGUGGAUGGUAAGCUCUGCGUGGUGAGGACAGUGUACCCCAGUGAUUUUGGCUCUCCAGUGUGGAGGGGUGAAAGCAUCAGUGAUGUGGAGGUGCGCAAAGAGCCCCUGGCCCCUUCUCCAGUCACGGGAAAUAUUCUCAAAGUCCAACUGUCUGAGGAGGACAAAAGUAGAAUCAAAAUGUCUGCAGGGCAUUUCCCCAUGUCCUCUAACCAAAUGCAGAUUCACGAGACUAUGGCUGCGAAGGGAUUUAGCUUGAACACCCCAGUUCGUGCACAGGAGCAGUGCUCUCUGUUGGAGUCGGGCUACGCCAGUGACCUGCCACUGACCUCUCCAGAAACAGCAGGCACCACUCCCAGUCAGACCGACUGGGGAGGGCUGACCAGUAGCUCAUCAGAGAGACUGGACUCAAUGAUGGAGAGUCCUCUGCAACAGAUGACUGUAAAAUUCCUGCCACAGAUUUCAGAGAUUUAUGUGAGUGGUGAGUCAGGCGACCUCACAGCCAAAGAGAAGUUGUUAUUAUGGAGCCAGCAGGCGACAGAAGGCUACCCCGGCCUCCGCUGUGUCAACUUCACCUCAUCCUGGAGCGACGGACGCAUGUUCAACGCUCUGCUGCACAGAUACAGGCCAGACCUGAUCAACAUGGAGGUGGUGUCGCGGCAGAGUAACCGCGAAAACCUCGAGCAGGCCUUCGAGAUCGCCGAGUCGCUAGGGGUGACCAGACUGCUGGACGCUGAGGACGUUGAUGUUCCAUCUCCAGAUGAGAAGUCGGUCAUCACCUAUGUCUCCUCCAUCUAUGAUGCCUUCCCCAAAAUUCCUGAGGGAGGAGAGGGCAUUGCCGCACAGGAGGUGGACCAGCGCUGGUCAGAGUACCAGUCCAGGUUCUCCUCUCUGCUCCAGUGGAGCCGCCAGCAUACGGCCCUCAUGGCCAACAAAAACUUCCCACAAAACCCUGUGGAACUCAAGGCACUUUACAACGAGUACGUCCAUUUCAAAGAGACGGAGAUUCCUGCGAAGGAGAAUGAGAAAGGUCACAUAGAACACCUCUACAAACUGCUGGAGGUGUGGAUAGAGUUCGGUCGUAUUAAGCUUCCUCAAGGCCUCCAUCCCAAUGACCUCGAGGAGGAGUGGGGCAAACUCAUCCUGGAGAUGCUGGAGAGAGAGAAGGCUCUACGGCCAGCUGUGGAGAGGCUAGAGCUGCUGCUUCAGAGGGCCAAUAAGAUCCAGAACAUGGCUCUGGACUGUGAGGAGAAACUCACACUCGCUAAGAACACACUCCAGGCUGACAUGUCUCGAGUGGAGAGCGGCGAGGCGGUGCAGUGUGAGCGAGAGCUGGCCUGCUACCUGCAGGACUGCGAGACUCUGAUCAGACAACUCAACCAGGAACUGAAAGUCCUCCGAGAUGAGAAAUACUACCAGGUGGAGCAGCUGGUGUUCAGAGUGUCCUGCCUUCAGGAGGAGCUGGUCUCCCUCAGACUGCAGUGCUCCAGUGUCUACAGGAAAGGCAACUUCACCCAGGCACUGGGCACCACAGGGGCAGAGUACCCCAGCCAGAGAGCCACAGACAGCGGCCUGACGUUGGGCCAGACACUGCUGGGAGCUGUGGGGGCUGUGGGUGCAGUCGGUGCUGCACUCCUGCGGCGGCCCACAGCUCGCUCUCAGCUGGUGGCUAUGUCGUCAUCAGAGGACGAGGGGAGCCUGAGGUUCAUCUAUGAGCUGCUGGGAUGGGUGGAGGAGACGCAGGAGCUUUUGGAGCGUGCUGAAUGGGGCGCAGACCUUCCCUCUGUAGAAAACAACCUCCAAGAGCACAACACCAUACACACUGCAGUGGAAGAGCUAAUGAGUGGCCUACAGGAGGCACGCAGCUACGAGGCUAAAGUUUCUCCAAACUUCAAGAGCAGUUACUCUGAAACCCUGGCCAAGCUGGAGCAUCAAUACUGCAAACUACUGGAACAUUCGUCAUGGCGCCUGCGGAGCUUGGAGAGCCUGCAUGCAUUUGUGUCGCACUGCACUGAGGAGCUGAUCUGGCUCAACGAGAGGGAAGAGGAGGAGAUUGCCUUCGACUGGAGCGACAACAACACCAACAUGAACACCAAGAGAGACUUAUACAGCGAAAUGAGGUUAGAGCUGGAUGAAAAACAAGACGUGAUGCGGUCGCUCCAGGAAACAGCCAACCGUCUGUGUCUCGAGAACCAUCCAGCCAAACAGACUGUGGAGGCAUACAGUGCAGCCCUGCAGACUCAGUGGCAGUGGGUGAACCAGCUCUGUGUGUGCGUGGAGCAGCAUCUCAAAGAUAACACGGCAUACUUCCAGUUUAUGAGCGAUGCUCGGGACUGUGAGUCGUAUCUACGCCAGCUUCAGGAAACCAUCAAGAGACAGUACACCUGUGACAAGAACAGCAGACUGAGCAAACUGGAAGACCUGCUGCAGGACUCAAUGGAGGAGAAGGAGCAGCUGAUUGAGUACCGCAGCACGGUGGCAAGCCUGGUCGGCCGAGCGAAGACGGUGGUGCAGCUCCGCCCCCGCAACGCAGAGAGCACCCUGGGAGCCACGACACCCAUUAAGGCCAUCUGUGACUACAGACAGAUAGAGAUCACAAUAAACCGAGGCGAGGAGUGUGUGCUUGAGGACAAUUCCCAGAGGACCAAGUGGAAGGUUAUCAGUACGACAGGGAAUGAGGCCAUGGUCCCCUCGGUGUGUUUCACUGUCCCACCUCCAAACCAGGAGGCCAUGGACACAGCCAGCAGGACGGAGCAGCUUUAUCAGAAGGUCAUGUCUCUCUGGCAUCAGCUACAUGUGAACAUGAAGAGUGUAGUGUCCUGGCACUACCUGCAAAAAGACAUCAGGACUGUCUCCGGAUGGAACCUGGACACGGUUCGUUGUCAGUCCCCAUCAGAGCGGCAGCAGGUCCUGGAUCACUUGGAGUCUCAGUUGGCUGACUUCCUGUCUGACAGCAAAGAGAGUUCCAUGUUCACACCAGGUGAAAGACGAGAGCUUGAGAGGGAUGUUCAGCAGGCCCAACAGCACUGCAAAGACUUGCUGCACAACAUGGAGACCGUGGAGAAAGAUGAGUCAGUCUCUCGGUCAUACCUGUCGGAGCUGCAGAACAUCACCCUUCAGCUAAAGGAGGCUGAGCAGAGACUGAUGAGGGCAAUUGAAACUCCGCCCCCCAGCCAGCUGUCAGGUGACAGUGCUGACAACACUGUCCAGAUAGCGGAGCAAGAGAAGCUGCAGUCAGAGCUCGAUGUCCUGCGCUCCAGUUUGGGUGAUGUGUCUCGGCGCUGCGUCCGUUUCUUUGAGGAAAAGUCAACAUCAUCCAGCGUUCCCAUCCUCCGGUCUGAGCUCAAUCACGCCGUGGAGAAGACCGACAAACUGCACAACCUCUCGUCUGUCUACCUAGAAAAGUUAAAAACAGUAGACAUCCUGAUGCACAGCCUAGAUGAAGCAGAGAGCGUGGUCAGGAAGAACGAGAGCAGACUAAGUGAAGAGGACAUUGUGCCUGCUGACACGACGGCCAUUCAAAACCUCAGAGAUCAACUAGGGAAAUGGCAGGCUGAGCUUGUCGAGCACGAAGGUAUCUUCCAGUCUCUGCAGUCGGAGGUAGCUCGGGCCAAAGAGGCGGGGUCUCAGCUCAGCAGGCUCCACCCAGACCGCAGCCCAGAGCUGGAGCGCUACCAGGAGAGAGCCAAUCAGAUGACAGAGAGGUGGAGCGGAAUCAAGAGACAAAUGGAGACACGACGAACCGAUCUAGACGCCCUGGGCUCGGCCCUGCAGCAGUACAGAGAUGGUCAUUCUGCUCUGAUCAAAUGGAUCGAAGAAACGACAGAAAGACAAGAAAACACACAACCUGGACAGACAGACAGCAAAGCACUGUCUGAACAGUUGGCCCAGCAGACGGCAUUAGUAGCUGAGAUUGAACAGAACCAGACCAAACUGGAUGAGUGCCAGACUCACUCCAAACAGUACUGCACCUCAGUGAAGGAUUAUGAACUGCAGCUGAUGACCUACAGAGCCUUUGUAGAAUCUACACACAAGUCACCUGUCAAGAGGAGGAGGAUGCACUCUUCCUCUGACGCCAUCACUCAGGAGUUUAUGGACUUGCGCACACGAUACACAGCCUUGGUCACUUUGACAACCCAACAUGUAAAGUACAUCAGUGAUGCGUUAAGAAGACUAGAAGAAGAAGAGAAAGAGGUGGAGGAGGAGAAGCAGGCCAGGGUGGGGCAGGUUUCAGACCUGCUUGGCUGGGUCAAAGGCCUCCAGGGGCGGACUGGGGGCCCCAACACUGAGUCCUCACUUGCUGCUCAACAGGCCAUCAGUGAACAGCUGGCAGCCAAGAAAGAUGAAGUGGCUGAAGCCAUAAGGGGCACUCAGGUCUUCCUGCUAUCAAAACAGGCCAGCAAGUUGUCCCCAGAGGAGCGAGCUCAAGUUGAGGCCCAGCUGGACGAGCUGACGGCCACGUACAACCAGCUGUGUGACAGCUCCACCCAGCAGCUGCAGCAGCUGGAGCAGCAACUGGCCAAAGAGGAGGAAAGAAAGAGCCAAAUUGCUAUUGCUGGAGUAAUUGACUUGGGAACAGUAGAAACAUUCCCAGUGUUCCAAGCAGCCCAACGUGGUCUUAUUGACCAGGACACCUGCCAUGUACUACUGGAGGCCCAGCUAAUUAUGGGUGGACUCCUUCAACCUGACUCUUCUAGCAAUCUUUCACUGGAACAAGGACUAGCUCAAGGCCUUAUUGACACCCAUACCAGACAGUCCCUUUCUGAGCUAGAGAGUGCCUUGCUUCUGGUGGAAAAUACUAAAGAUGACCAACAACAAAAUAUGUUACCAGUAGCUUCAGCCAUGGAGUUCGGGCUCAUCAGAGAGGAGGAGGGACUUCGUAUUUUAGAACUCCAGAUGAACACUGGCGGCCUGAGAAUCUCAACAGGAAAAAUGUUGAGUUUGGAGCAAGCAGAUGACAUGAAACUUUUGACUCCCAGAAUCUUCACCAAACUCCAGUCAAGGCAACAACAUAGAGAGCUGAUUGAUCCAAACACAGCUGAAAAAUUAAACCUAUAUGAGCUACAACAGCGCUGUGUCCUCAAUGAUGACUCAGGUCUACUUCUCUUCCCCGUCAAGCAGCAGCCUGGAGGAACGGUUUGCCUCCGGUCUGGAAGAAAAGUUGGUAUCUUCCGUGCAGUUCAGGAAGGUCUGAUUGAUCGGAAAGUUACAGUACGACUUCUUGAAGCUCAGCUCUUUGCUGGUGGUAUCACUGACCCGCGGUCUGGCCACCGGCUGACAAUUGAUGAGGCUGUUCGUCAUGGGCUUAUGGACCAGGAUCUAGCCUGUGCCAUGUUAGCACGACAGCUGCAGAAUGGGGGAAUUCUUGACCCUUUCAGUGGAGAACGCCUAGAUUUGGAAGAGAGUAUUCGCAGGGAUCUUCUCUCUCCUCGUUUGGCUCUGUUGGCCCUUGAGUCCCUUUGGGCUUUUAUGGGAAUACUCUGGCCUGAAUCUGGAGAGCUCCUGCCAAUUGUUGAGGCUGUUCAACAAGGAGUGAUCUCAGGAGAGCUAUCAAGGAACAUCCUAAGGCAGCGACAUGAGAUUGGAGCUCUGUACAAUCCAGAAACUCUUCAGGUGCUUCCCCUAAAUGUGGCUGCUGAAGAGGCCCUUGAGCCCAGUGCAGUCAGUUUUCUCAAAGACAUCCACAUCCCAGAUGUUCUUCCCAACAUGAACCAGUCAGGUACCCCAUCUCUAAACCGCUUGAGCUGGGGUUCCACUAGCUCCUCUCCACCUCCAUCCUCUCCACCACCUUCAUCAUCUCCCACAGGCCUUGUCUGGGAUGCAACACCAACACAUACAAUGAAUCCUGAAGAACAAGCAAAACACAAACUACUGUUUCACCUCAUGACUCACAGUUAUGUGGAUGUUCAUUCUGGAAAACGUUUGGUGUUGCUUGACCCUGAGUUGGUGGAGCUGGUCAAAGCUGCUGAACUGGUUGCUGGAGACUCUGUGAAUAGAAGUCAAGUUGAGCCACAAAGCAGUUUUAACAAAGAUGAGCAGAAGGAGAUGCAAAUAAUGAGAGAGUCUAGUUUGGCAGAUAAAGGAAUGAAUGACAAACAAGUUGAGGUUGAGGCGCAAAGUUCCAGUGUAGUCACACCAAACCAAAAAUCUGAGACGAAUGGUACAGGCAGUGUCAAAGAAAGGUAUGAUGGAGGAAAUGACAACAAAUUGCUUCCCAAACCAUCAGUACCAGUACCAGUACCAGCUAAAAAUGAAAUUGGUAUGGAUGAAGUUGAGGAAGUAAAGGCUCAAAAUAAAGAAAUAUCCAAUCUUGAAUGUUUUGUGGCUUCAGAUAAAAGUCUUGGAGAAGAAUUAACAAAAGGCCUAGAUGAGCAGAUAUGUACUCAGUCCAAACCCAGGUACAGUUUGGGUCAGGAGACUAUAAGUACAGCCACAACAGUAGAUAGAAAAACAGCUACGGCACCACUCAAAAUGUUGAAAGAACCCAUCACACCAGGAGCAAAAGUGGGUGAAGAUGUAAAAUCAACACAAUCUGAUGAUAGGAAAGAUAAAAAGUAUUCCCAGACCGAAUCCGAAAAGAUCACACAAAAGGUGUCUGUAACAGAAACUGACCCAAAGCAUGCUAAACCCCAGAUUGAUACCCUUGAAUCAGCAGUGGAGACAGAAGGGGAGGAUGCUGAAUUGACAAAGUUAGUCGCAGAGCUAAAACAGGGAGGUCUGAUGACAGAGGAAGGGGAAAAGCUGCUCCCAGAUGAGGCAGUAGCCCAAGGUAUCCUCCCUGGUCACACAGCAGUUAAAUUAAUGGCUCAGGCAGGUCUGUUCGGGGGUUUCCUAGAUGCCAGCAGUGGUGAGUCACUGAGCAUGGAGGAUGUUAUGCAGGAGGGUUUACUAGAUGAAGAUCUAAUGUGGAGUGUCCUGAAGUCGGAUAAAACCCUUUCAGGGGUUGUGGAUGUAGAGAAAAGGCAGAUCUGUGGGGUAAGGGAAGCAGCUCAGGCAGGAUUGAUUGACCCCAACACUGCUGCUCGACUUCUAGAAGCACAGGUGGUGUCUGGGGGAAUUGUUGACCUACGCAGAGAUAAGAAGGUCUCUGUCACUUUAGCAGCAAACCUGGGACUGAUUGAGGAGGGUCAAAGAGAAGAGCUUGUAGCACUAGAAAAGGCAUACAAAGGAAAGGAUACAGAUGCAGCGACGUCCCUCACUAAGGCGAGUUUACAGCUACAGAUGGAAGGUGUUAUCGACCCGGAGUCCAAGUUUCCAGUUCCUCUGGAGCAAGCAAUUCAGAAAGGGUUUAUUAAGUCUGAGGAGGCUUAUCAGGUGCUGGCAAAACAGGUGGCUGAGGGUGGUAUAAUCCAUCAUGCUUCAGGGCUGAGGCUGUCAGUUCCUGAUGCUGUAGAUAGAGGACUAGUGGAUCGGUCCAUUGCUCCCGGGCUGGAGGAACUAGAGUGGGUCUACCAAGGAAGAGUCAGCCCUUCGUCCCACCCAGAAGCUGUUGUUUUCCAGGCCUCGACAGGAGCCAUUUUAGACCCUGAUUCUGGAUAUAAACUGACAUUGAUGGAGGCAGUUUCUAAGGGUCUUCUAGAUGAGAAUAUUGCCAGUGAAGCCAUGGCUUCUUCUGUUGUAAGACAAGGAGCACUUGACCCCGAAACUGCCCGCAUCGUGCCUUAUUCAGAGCUUGUAAACCAGGGUAAGAUAGAUAUCGAAACAGGCAAACGCUUCUUAGAGGUGAAACCAUUCAGAGGUGUUCAGGAUGAGCAAACUAGAGACAACUUGACCCUUCCUGAAGCAGUUACAGCAAAGCUAGUUGACCCAGUUCCAUCAUUGAGGUUGCUUCAAAGUCAGGCAGACAGUGGAGGGAUUAUUGACAUCAGUACUGGAGAAAGACUUCCCCUAUCUGAAGCCUGUGAAAGAGGUUUGGUUGAAGACAAUAUGGUCGGGGUAAUUGCCACCAACCAGUUUUUGAAAGGAGGCUUAGUUGAUCCUGCCACUGGAGAUCAAGUCUCUAGUCUUGAUGAUGCAAUUGCAAAAGGGCUUAUCUCCAAUGAAGUAGCUUCAGAGAUUCAGGAGAAAUUGUCUUUUGUGGAGAUGGAGGGUGAUGAGGGCAGUGCUACACCUGUUGCCUCGUCAAAUGGCACAUACAGCCCUGCUAUUAUAUUAUUGGCAUCAAGCUCAGACAGUCCAGCAAACUGGUCAGAUGUAAGCACUGAGGUGCCUUCAAGAUCACCACCUUCAAAGAAAGGUUUGGGAAUUACAGAGGAUGAUGGAAAGACAUUUACAACUGUCGUAUCAGAUCAGUCCCUUUUGUAUGACACCACUGCAGAAGAGGACAAAGCAGAAGCGCCUGUGUCAGUGGAAGAAAAGGCUUCAGUUGAGCCAGACAGAUCUGUAGACCUCUUGUGUAAGUUUGCCACUAAUGUUGGGAAAAGGAUUCAAGAAGCCAUUGAAGAAAUCGUACCACAGAAAGACAUCAAUAAAUCAGAACCCCCUCUAAAGCAGAAGCUUGAUGAGAGACUGCAGAUAGGUGUGAGUGAGACUGAUGAUAAACAAAAGGGGAACAUUUUCAGAGAUGCUGUUGCAGAAUCUGUUCAGCCACAUGUCUAUGAUAAUGAAAAAGAUUCACAUGAUGUGGUCAGAAUAGGAGCUGCUGCUUUAAAGUCAGAUGGAGAACCAGGAAACGUUGGGGAAAAGGAGUAUAAACCCAGUGAUGGGAGCAGAUCAGUUGUUGAUCAUGAUUCUGAAAAUGGAAACCUGACAGAUUUUGUGGCAGCAGAGAUAAGAGAUGACAGAGAAAGCAAAGAUAGAACUGAGGUGACAAAACUGAGUGAAGAAGAAUACAGAAAGAGUGGUGUGGCAGCACAGAGAGGUGAUGUUGUAGAUGAGAAGGUUAAGAGAGUGGAGAAAGAGAAACCUUUAAAGACUGAGAUCAAAUCCAGCGCUGAAGCUGAGCAGACAGAUCAGUUAUUGACCUCUCCAGCUAAAGAGACAGAAAGCAAAAGCAAGAAAAAGAGGAAGAAUAAAAAGAAUGGAAAGGGUAAAGAAGCUGAGAGUGAAACACAUCUUUCAGAGAUACAAUUUCUAUCUCAAAUUGAUCAAACUGAUACACACAUAAAGGGUCAGCCUGAAGCCACUGAUGUAGUCAAAGAUGAGCUUGCAUCACAAGACAAAUACAAGAAAUCACAGAUUCAGGGUAAGGCAACUUACACAGGGCCUCCCAAUGCAGAAAGUGUAGCAAAGGUUGAAAAGGCAGUUGAGGCUGAAAAUGAUUUGACAAAACAAGGACAAGAAGCAGUUCCAGCCACUCUAAAAUUUACAAAACAAAUGAUGAAGCCAGAAAAAGACACAUUAAAAAUUGCAUUUUCAGAGGACUCAGAAAAGGAUGAUGAGAGAGAAAAGAUGAAAAGGGAAGAGAAGACGGAGAAAGUUAAAGACAAGGCUUCAGUCUCUCAGCAACCAGAACAGCCAGAGAGCAGCCAAGAGAAGUCACAGAUUCGGGUUAAAGCAACUUCCACAGGACCUCCCAAUGCUGAACGUGAAGCAAAGAUUGAAAAGACAGUUGAGGCUGAAAAUGAUUUGGCAAAACAAGGACAAGAAGCAGUUCCAGCCACUCUCAAAUUUACAGAACAAAUGAUGAAGCCAGAAAAAGAUACAUUACAAAUUGCAUUUUCAGAGGACUCAGAAAAGGAUGAUGAGAGAGAAAAGAUGAAAAGGGAGGAACAGACAGAGAAAGUUCAAGAGAAGACUUCAGUCUCUCAGCAACCAGAACAGCCAAAGAGCAGCCAAGAGGUAAAGAAAAAGAAGGAGCAAGAACUGAAACAGAAAUCUUCUCUACCAGAUGAUGAGAAAGCAGCCCUGGUACUAAAAGCCAAAGAGAGCAUUCUUAAAAAGGUGUUUGAAAAAGGAGUGAGUGAGAAGCAGGCUGCUGAAGAGCUGCAGGCACUGCGCAAGGAAGCGGGGAAGAAGGAGAGUCGAGGCACAACUGUAAAGGCACAAACUCUGCCAGCUAUGGCCGAUGCAGUGGAGAGUCACGAUGGUGUCAAGACACCUGAUGGUUCUCCAAAAGAGAGAAAGGAAGAGAUGAGUGUCAAAGAAGAAAAAACAAAAUUGACAAGGGUCAAGGAAGAGAAGACUGAGGAGAAACUGUCUGUUAUGGUGGACAUGGAGACCAAACUAUUGGUGGCUUCUUCAAAUCAGAGGGAGGAAAACAAGAGUUUCGGUGAGGAAGACAGACAAAAAGACUAUGAAGCCACUCCAUCAGUCCAGCCUCAAGAAACUAAAAGAAGGAAGAAGAACAAGAAAUCCAAGAGUUUAAAAGAGACGGACAAAACUGAGCCUGAUACUGAGGAGUUACCAACUGAUGAAAAAAUGGAUAAGUUAACAACAACAAAAAUGACCACAAAAUCUGCAAUGACAAAACCAGAUUCAGAUAACUCAGCUUUAACCAAGGAGCAGAGGAUGGACAGACGUACCGAUGGUCAAUCAGCUGGUGAUGUCAGCAGACCUUCAGUUGGUGAAAAGGCAUAUGAUGCUAAGAUCUCUGUUAUUAAGGUUAAAGAAGCUGACACCAGUCAACAAAGUCCUCCACAUUUAUCUAGAUCAGAAGAACCCACUUCUCACACGGAGGAACAUGUACAGUCAGCAGAGGUUACAUCUACUAGCAAAGAAGAAUCCCAUUCAGAAAAGAGAAAUGCCAGCGAAUCCACUGAUGUUGCUCAUGAGGCUGUCGCAUGCAAAGCAGACAUCCAGCCCACAGCUCAAUCCAUGGCUCCUGGCACACAACCAGGUAAAACCACAAGAAAAGGUAAAAAGAAGAAGGGGCGCCAACCUCCUGAAGCUGAUAGUACCAAUGUGGCCACAUCUAAAUCUUUAAAAGACCAACAGCAACAUCUUGAAUCUCCAGAAUCAGCACCUUCACUGUCGGAGGAUGCUUCAACUGAGUCUGAAUCACAUGGAGUCCCUGUGUCUGAUACAGCUUCUGAGAGUUUUGGAGAGGAGGAGCGAGAAGAAGAUGUCAGAGGGAGUCGAGAAAUGGUGUUAAACAAAGAGGGGACGACAUCCACAGCUGGCAAGUCAUCAUUGAUGCGUCAGGAGUGCUUGGAUCAUGACCAGCAAAUUGUAGCCCUGGUUUCCAUGGUAAGACAUAUUGAGGUCCGACUUAAACAGCAGCAACAGCAGUCUGUUGGCCGGAGCCUUAUCGCCUUGGAUGACGUCAUCAGACAGACUGAGACUCUGGACCUUGAAUUGCGUGACUUGGAGCCUGCGAUCAACAAGGAAGUGAAGGCCGCUGAGGAGCUGUUGAAGCCCCAACCCAAAGAUGUUCCCCCUCAGCUCCUAUUGGCCCUAGAAAAGGACGGGCGGAGCUUGGCUCGAGGGUAUGAGGCCGCCAGGGCACUUUCUGAGGGCAUUCUGCAAAGUCUACGAGACCACAGGGACUCCUAUAAGGACGCGUUAACAGCUGAGCUGAAAUCACUGGGAGGACAAGUGGAACGUCUGCUCUCUUGGUUGAGGGAGACAGAGGCUCAGAUGAACGGAGGAAUGGCGGGGAUGGAAAAAAUGGAGACAGCAGAAAAAGAUGACAGUCAUAAUCAGCUCACACAGCAGCUGAAUCUCUGCAAGGAGCUCCAAUCCUCUUUGAUGGCUCGCUCUAAUGAGGUCAACAACACAGCCUUUGACAUUCAGGUGUUUAUCUCGGAGCGAGCUCAGGACCUGGCCCCUGAACAGAGCAGGCAGCUUCUGGGGCAGCUCCAGCAGCUCCAGAGGGCCUUUCACCUCGCGUCGGGCCAAGCCCAGGCCUGGGCCGAUGCCCUCUCAGCCCAAAGAGAGCGAGAGGAGGAGUGGCAACGCAGGGAGAGAGUGAAAGAAGAGGAGAAGGACAAAGAGAGGCAGAGUGCAAGGGAGAGAGAGAUGGUUCAACAGCAGAAAGCCGAAUGCUCUCAGAAACUAGAAGGCCUUACCAUGUGGUUGGCUGGAGCUGCCAGCUUGCUGGCCAGUCAGAAAGGUGGAGCAGAGUCAGGUGAUGUGAACGUCUUGCAAGAGAAGCAGAAAAGACUAAAGGAAGCACAGAAGGACCUCCAGACCAAAGAACAGGGCAUCACUGAGGCCAUCCGCUCUGCAGAGGAGCUCCUGGCAGAGCGAGGAGAAAGUCUAAGCCCAGAAGAGAGGCAGAACCUCCAGGAGGCGCUAACAAGAAUGAAGGAACAGUACAGUGCCCUUAAACAGUCAGCAAACACGUCACUGUCGGAGCUGGACACAGCCAUCAACACCACUCUACAGCAGAACACACAAAGGGCGAAGGCUGAGGAGGAGCUCCAGGAGACCCAAGGCCAGAUAGACUCUCUGCUGAAUGAAUUGUCCUCCCUUAACCAACCAGGUGCAAGAGGAGAUAGAUCUGGAUUGGCCAAAGAUUUUACUGAUACACCGUUCUCACAGCCAGAGGGUGCUGUGAUUACACACACAGAGAACCUGCAGGCGGAGCUUCAGCAGCUCCAGGCUCAACAGGCACAGCUUCUCCAGAUCACGCAGUCAACUCGCUCCCUUCUGGACCAACCAGACUCCACCGUUCCUCCUGAAGAGAAACAGCGUCUCAGGGCCGCCCUGGAUCAGCUGCAGGCUCAGCACCAGGACAGACUGCAGAGCUGCCAGGAUCGUCUGAGGAAGUCUGAGGCUCUGAAGGAUGAGCUGACGAAGUUCCACCAAGAACAUGGAAGUUUAGGUGCCUGGUUAGAACAAAGUGAACAGGAGCUCCGUUCUCUAGGGGAAGGAGAAACUGAUGCACAAGGACUGAAGAACAGGCUGGAGGAGCACAGAAAGCUUGCUGAGGACAUCAUUUGCCACAAGGCGGACCUGCGAUUUGUCUCCAUUUCUGGUCAGAAAGUUCUGGACUCUGUUCAAGGAGCUCUGGAGCAAGUUGGUGAUUCAGACCCAGCUCUGGAGAGCACCAAGCAGCUGGUAACUGACAAGCUGCAGGAUGCUAACCACAGAUACACAACCCUACACACCAAGUCAACCGAUUUGGGCGGCCGUUUAUCCAGCCUGUUGGAGAGGUACCAGCAGUACCAGGAUGAGGUCGUCUCCGUCCACUCUUGGCUCAGCACUCAGGAACAGAACCAAAGCAUAGCCAAGCCCAGUGGGGAGACAGACCCGCAGAACCUCCAGAACACAUUACGACAAGUACAGCUGCUGCAGGACGAGCUGGCUGAACGCUCGGUGCAGCUGGAGAAGGUGAAGAGAGCAGGAAGAGAUCUGGUCAGCACGGACGAGUCCCCUUCCUUGAAAGCUGUCGAUAUCCUAUGUGCCGCAGAUGGUUUAGAGAAGAGGUUUGGCUCCCUCUCUGCAUCUGUGUCAGAACGGGCUGAGCAGCUGCAGACAGCUGUGGCCCAGUCGGUCAGCGUCCAGGAGGGCCUGAAGGGUCUGCUGAGCUGGCUGGACAAACUGGCUCUGAGUCCUGGACCAGUUGAGCCCACCGCGCACGCUGUACAAGAUGCCUUGACACAAAACCAGAAACUUCGCCAGGAGCUGCUGUCCAGGCAGGGCAGCGUGGAAGCAACGCGAGACUCUGUUUCCAAACUCCUUCAGAGCUCUGACGCCUCCACGGCCUCGGGCCUCCAGGGCGCUUUAGAUGAACUGACGCAACGCUAUGCUGCAGCACAGACUAGCCAGGCCGAGAGGGAGGCUGAGCUCAAAGGGCUGCUGCCCAGGCUGGAGAGCUAUGAGCGGCUGGGGACUGACCUCCAGGUCUUCACCCAGAGCAGACUGAAGGCUCUGAGCCCAGCGGGCCAGCCAGACCGCAGCGUUGAUGACUACAGGCAGACCAUUGAGGAGGUCAGGUCGGAGCUGGAGCAGGAGGCUGGCCAGCUGAAAUCCUUCUGUAACCUCAGCACCGAGCUCAGCCAAUCAAAAGCUUUCAGUAACACUCAAAGCCUAUUGGAUAAUGUCAAAGGAGUGUCUGAUGAGUUCACCCAACUGGAAGCCAGUGUCAGUGAAAGGUUUGCUGCCAUCCAGGCCUGUGAGCAGCAGCUGGUCCAGUUCCGUGGCCUCUCUGGCUCCCUCCUCAGGUGGCUUCAGACGGCACAGGACCAGCUGCCGUCCAAGGAGGCCAGCCUCAACACAGAAGGCCUGCAGAGGAGAGUCCAGCAGCUCAAGGACCUGCUGAAUGACUGGGAGUCACAGGGAUCAAGAGUUCAGGAGCUGAACAAGACAGGCUCAGAGCUGGAGUCCAUCAUCAUUGAUAUCACCGCUCCUCAGACCAAAACUGGUGCUCCUCAAAUCAAUGGCUCAGCAGGUCCCAGCAGUGUCAAUGGCAUUCACACCUGUAAAGACUUGACAGAGCUCCAGGUAGCUGUAUCCGAUGUGAACGGUCGAUACGACACGCUGGGCGGGGAGCUGAAGGAGCGUCUCGGUCGGCAGAAGGCCUCACUGGAGCUGAGGCAGAAGGCCAGGCAGGGCACCGAUGAGCUCAAGAGCUGGCUGACAGACAGAGAGCACAGCCUGAAACAGGGACAGACCGCCUCGCCCUCCAAACCUGAGGUGGUACGCGCCCAGGCCCAGGAGAACAAGGCUCUGCUUUCAGAGCUGGCUGAGCACUCUGGGAAGGUUGAGGAGCUGAAGAGCACAUUGAGAAAACUGAUUGCUGACAAUCCUGAUUCUCCCGAGGCAGACACCUGGAGACAACAGCUGCAAGAGAUAGACUCCCGCUGGCAGACAGCCAAUCAGACGGCAGCCCAGAGGCAGACUGAGCUGGAGACAUGUGCCGAUAGGCUGGGCAGCUUUGCCUCGGCGGCCAAUCAGCUGGGCCCGUGGCUGAGGGAGAAGGAGCUGAUGAUGAGCGUGCUGGGACCGCUGAGCAUCGACCCCAACAUGCUCAACACACAGAAACAACAAGCACAGUUCAUGCUGCGUGAGUUUGAGACCAGACGGCCACAGUUUGACCAGCUGACCCAGUCCGCUGAGGGAAUCCUCUCCCAGACUGGUGACUCUGCUCAGGACCCUAAAGACCUGGCAGAGGUGCGAUCUGAGCUGGCCUCCAUCUCCCAGCAGUGGGAGGAGCUAACAAACCGACUGACUCAGAGGUCAAACCACAUCGACCAGGCUCAAGGAACCAGCGAGCGGUACCAGGCCUUGCUCAGAGAGCUCUCCUCCAGUGUUUCUGCUCUGGGUGAGAGAUUAGAUGGUCAGGCCUCGCUGAGCGCCCAGCCUGAAGCGUUGAAACGCCGCCUGCAGGAAACCGGAGAGAUCCGCUCAGAACUGGAGAGACGGCGGACCGAGCUGGCCGAGGCUGAAAAGCUCUGCAAGGAGCUGAGCGCCAUCGUGGCUGAACCCUACCUGAAGGAAGAGCUGAGUAAACGACUGGAGAGUGUCAGCGGGCCUCUAAAGAGUUUAGAGGAGCGUGCAGCUGACGGUCUGUCUCAGCUCCAGGCCGCCCUGUCGUCCACCCAGCAGUUCCAGCAGAUGUUUGAGGAGUUGCGCUCCUGGCUCGACAAGCAGGCAGAUCCCAGAGAAUCAUCCAUCGACUCACUGCCCUGUCAGCCGGAGGCCAUCCGCUCCCUGCUGGCGCAGACGGACGACCUCCAGCGAGGGAUCGCCAGUCAGCGGGGCUCCUACGAGCUGCUUCAAGCUGAGGGAGCAUCGCUGCUCGCCAGUCUACCUGCAGGUGGAGAUGAACGCACCGCCCUGCAGUCUCGCUUAGGGUCCUUGAAGCAGGACUGGGAGGGGCUGAACCAGAGGCUCUCAGAUCGAGAAGGCAGACUGAAGACCACUUUGAGCAAAGCAGAAACCUACCAGCAGCACAAGGCUGAGCUGAAACCAUGGAUAGCAGAGUGCGAGGAAAAAGAUGGAGAGAUCCAGCCGUCACUGGACUCAUCUGCCCUGGAUGAAGCCUUGCAGAAGGCCCGAGGUUUAUCGCUGGACCUCGAGAGACGACAACCUCUCCUUGAGGCCUUCAACACUGCCGCAGAUCAGCUGCUGGAACAAUGCUGCAUUGGGGAGGAAGAGAUACGAGAUGAGAAGGCCCAGCUGAACCGCAGGGUGGAUGGACUGGGCGAGAGGCUCCACAACCGCACUGCCCAGCUGGAGGAGCUUUCUGGCCGCCUGAAGGAGUUUGAGGAGGGCAGACAGGCAGCAGAGAGGAGGCUGGAGGCUGCCAAGCACCAGAUUGAAGUUCAGGAGGCUCUGGGACCACAGGCAUGUAGUGCCAAGAGCCUGGAGCGGCUGAGAAGCCAGCAGGAGAGUCUCAGGUCUCUGAAUCCUCAGGUGGUGUACCUCAAAGACCUGGCACAGGGGCUGGUACAGGACGCACCCCAAGCACCAGGAGGCAGCACCGAGGGGGCACAGAGGCUUCAGGAGCAGGCCAGAGAGACAGAGAAGGAGUUUGAGGAUGUGACUGACAAGAUCGAGCAGUGUUGCUCCUCCCUGGAGUCCCGGCUGCAGGGCGUCGGCGAGGUCCAGUCUCACGUGCGCGAUGUCUUCUCACGCAUCGCCGACCUCGAUGAUGAACUGGACUCCCUCAGCCCCGUCGGACGUGAUGCAGAUUCCUUGGCCUCUCAGGCUGAUGCCCUAAAGGGCUUCUUGUCCCGUCUGGCCAACCUCAGGUCAGAGCUGGAGGGUCACACAACAGAGUGCACCACCAUGCUGCGGCGGGAAGGCUCCUCCCCUGACCUCCUGGCUCUCAGAAGAGAGACGGAGGCUCUGAGUCGCCAGGCUGGCAAGCUGAGCGAGCGCGGCCAGGCCAGGUUGGACCAGAUCGAGGACGCUGCUGAGAGGGUUCGGGAGUUCUACAGGCUAGUGGGUGAGCUGCAAGGCCUGCUGGGAAGAGCCGAAGAUGGGCUGAAUGCACAGGGUAUGGUCGGCACAGAGGUGGAGAUGAUCAAACAGCAGCUGCAGGAGUUUAAGGCUGUGGAGAGAGAGCAGGUGGACAGCAUUCAACCGAAGCUGCAGCACAUCAACGCAGUUGGUCAGGGUCUGAUCCAGAGUGCCGCCAAACACACCGACACCCAGGCGCUGGAGCACGACCUGGAAACAACCAACCUCAGAUGGAACUCACUCAACAAGCGGGUGGCAGAGCGGAUCGCCCAGCUGCAGGAGGCUCUGUUGCAUUGUGGGAAAUUCCAGGAUGCUCUGGAGCCUCUGCUGAGCUGGCUAAGUGAUACAGAGGAGCUGGUGGCCAAUCAGAAGCCCCCAUCUGCUGAGUACCGUGUGGUCAAGGCCCAGAUCCAAGAACAAAAGCUGCUACAGAGACUGUUAGAUGACCGCCGGCCGACAGUGGAGAUGAUCCGCGCUGAAGGAGAAAGGAUCGCAGCCACAGCGGACACUCAGGACCGAGAGAAGAUUCAGACCCAGCUCCAGAGUCUGGCAGAGAGAUGGACUGACCUGAUGGACAAGGCCAGCGGCAGGCAGAGGCAGUUGGAGGAGCUGCAGGUUUUGGCUCUUCAGUUCCACGAAGCUCUGGAGCCGCUGGGAGAAUGGCUGAGCACCACCGAGAGACGUCUGAGCUCCGCUGAGCCCAUGGGAACCCAGACAGCUAAGAUCACGCAGCAGAUCAUUAAGCACAAGGCGGUCCAAGAGGACGUGUCCUCACGUGAAGCAGAGGUCGACCACCUCGAAUCCCUCAGCCAAUCGCUGACCCCACUCAGCUGCGCAGCCGAUCGGGAUUGGCUAAGCGAGCGCGUGGGGGCGGUGAGGUCAGGUCACUCGGAGCUUGCCGAUUGGUGCUCCAGGCGGGCGGGCAUGCUGGAGCAAGCGCUGGCUAAUGCUCAGCUGUUUGGGGAGGAGGAGGUAGAGGUGCUGAAUUGGCUGGCAGAGGUGGCUCAGAGGCUGAGUCAGGUCUCCGUCCAGAGCUACCAGCACCAGCUACUGGCCGAGCAGCACAAACACACUCUGUCUCUGAAUGAAGAGAUUUUGAGCAGGAAGAAGACAGUGGACCAGGCCAUCAAGAAUGGACAAGCAUUACUAAAACAGACAACAGGUGAGGAAGUUCUCCUGAUCCAGGAGAAGCUGGACGGCAUUAAGUCUCGCUAUGCUGAGAUGACGGCCGGCAGCAGUAAGGCCCUCCGCACCCUGGAGCAGGCCCUGCAGCUGGCCACACGAUUCGCCAGCGCCCACGAUGACCUCAACCAGUGGCUGGACGGCGUGGAGACGGAGCUCAACAAUGUGGAGCCCGACGCCACACCUGCAUACCAGGAAAGACAGAAGGAGCUGAAGAAAGUGUCAGCAGAGAAGCGUCUGGUGUUGGACACAGUGAACGAGGUGGGCAGCGCCCUACUGGAUCUGGUGCCGUGGCGAGCCCGCGAGGGUCUGGACCGCCUGGUUGCCGAUGCCAACCAGCGAUACCGACAGUCCGAUGAAACCAUCACUCAGCGGGUGCAGCUGGUUCAAGCUGCCAUCCAGAGGUCACAACAGUAUGAGGAGGCAGUGGAUGCAGAGCUGGACUGGGUCAGAGAGACCGAGCGUAAAUUGGCUUCUCUGGGGCCCCUGAGUCUGGAGCCUGAUGUGACGGUGGCCCAGAUGCAAGUGCAGAGGGCCUUCAACAUUGACAUCAUCCGACACAAAGACACUGUGGAUCAGCUGCUCAGCACCAGAGACGACAUCCUGGAAACCUGCAGCGACGCCCAGAAGGACGCACUGAUAGUGAAGACAGAUUCUCUCAGUGCUCGUUAUGAUACAGUGAGCCAGAGCCACAGCGAGCGGUUCUCGGCUCUUGAGCAGGCCCAGGUUUUGGUCACUCGGUUCUGGGAGACCUUUGAGGAACUGGAGCCAUGGUUGGGCGAGACUGAAACCCUCAUCACCCAGCUGCCACCACCAGCCAUCGACACUGACGCUCUCCGACUGCAACAGGACCAGAUGAGGCUGCUCAGGGAGUCUAUCGCAGAGCACAAGCCCCACAUCGACAAGCUGCUAAAGAUCGGACCCCAGCUGGCCGAGCUCAGCCUCCAGGAGGGGGAGACGAUAACACAGCGCUACACCGAGGCCGAGAGACGCUACCUGGCCAUCAAAGAGGGCGUCAAGGGUCGUGCAACAACCCUUGACGAGGCAGUGUCCCAGUCUGCACAGUUCCACGACAAGAUGGACCCCCUACUGGAGACCCUGGAGGGGGCAGUCCAGCGGCUGCGGCAGCCUCCCCCAGUGGCAGCAGAGGUGGAGAAGAUCAGGGAGCAGCUGGCGGAGCACCGAGCCCAGGGGCUGGAGCUGGACAAACUGCUGCCGAGCUUCUCCGCCCUCUGCGCCCGCGGAGAGGAGCUCAUCGGACGAGCUGCUCACGACGAUCCUGCUGCUCAGGCUGUUCGUACUCGCCUCCUGCGCCUGCGCUCUCUGUGGGAUGAAAUCCGGCAGCGGGCAGAGGAGAGGGAGGGGAAACUGAACGACGUAUUGGAUCUGGCUGGAAAGUUCUGGGCUGACGUGGCGGCGCUACUGAGCACACUCCGAGACUCCCAAGAUAUUGUGAAAGAACUGGAGGACCCUGGCGUGGACCCCUCACUCAUCAAACAACAGAUUGAGGCUGCUGAGGCCAUUAAGGCAGAGACGGACGGUCUGAGGGAGGAGCUGGAGUUUGUCAGGACCCUCGGAGCUGACCUCAUCUUUGCCUGUGGAGAAACUGAGAAACCUGAAGUCAAGAAGACCAUUGAUGAGAUGAACGCUGCCUGGGAGGGCCUGAACCGGACGUGGAGAGAGCGGAUGGAGAGGCUGGAGGAGGCCAUGACAGCGUCUGUGCAGUAUCAGGACGCACUGCAGUCUAUGUUUGACUACCUGGACAACGCAGUGAUCAAGCUGUGUGACAUGUCGACUGUGGGAACUGAUCUGGGAACUGUCAAACAGCAGAUUGAAGAGCUCAAGCAGUACAAGGUGGACGUUUACCAGCAGCAGAUUGACAUGGAGAAGCUGUGCCACCAGGGGGAGCUGCUGUUGAAGAAGGUAUCAGACCAAACAGACAGGGACAUGAUCCAGGAGCCACUGACCGAGCUCCGACACCUCUGGGACAACCUGGGGGAUAAAAUCACCCACAGACAGCACAAGCUUGAGGCUGCCCUGCUGGCCCUGGGUCAGUUCCAGCAUGCCCUGUCUGAGCUGCAGGCUUGGCUAAACCACACACACACCACGCUGGACACACAACGACCAGUCAGCUCUGACCCCAAGGCCAUCGAGAUCGAGUUGGCUAAACACCACGUGUUGCGUAAUGAUGUACUAUCCCAUCAUGCCACUGUGGAGAAUGUGAACAGUGCUGGUGCUGAACUGCUAGAGUCGUCUCCCGGUGACGAGGCCAGCCACCUGAGGGACCAGCUGGAUCAGCUCAACAAAAGCUGGCAGAGUCUGCUGCUCAAGACCCAGGAGCGGCAGAAGCUACUGGAAGCCGCCCUGCAGCAGGCUGAAGGUUUCCAUGGCGAGCUAGAGGAGUUCCUCCAAUGGCUGAGGAGGACGGAGAGCCAGCUGUCUGCCGCCAAGCCGACAGGUGGUCUCCCUGAAACUGCCAGAGAGCAGCUACAGCAACACAUGGAGCUUCAGACCCAGCUGACUCAGCGAGCAGACCAGUACCACCGCCUGCUGGAUCAAGGAGAGUCCAUGUUGCUGGCUCGUGGAGGAGAGGAAGCAGGACCCGGUACCACCCAGACACAGCAGAACCUGGCAAUGCUGCAGAACAAGUGGGGCAGUCUCAACACCAAGAUGGACGACCGCAGGGCAAAGCUGGAUGAGGCCGUUUCCUUGGCAACAGGUUUCCAGACCUCUCUGCAGGAUACCAUCAACUGGCUGACCCAGGCGGAACAGACCCUGAACAUGGCCCAGCCCCCCAGCCUCAUCCUGGACACUGUCCUUUUCCAGAUCGAUGAGCACAAGGUAUUUGUGAAUGAGGUGAACACCCACAGAGAGCAGGUCCUGGCUCUGGAGAAGGCCGGCUCUCAGCUUCGCUUUGCCAGUCUGAAGCAGGAUGUCGUCCUCAUCAAAAACUUGCUGCUCAGCGUCCAAGCCCGCUGGGACAAGCUGGUCCAGAGGUCACUGGACCGCGGCCGACACCUUGAUGAGGCCCGCAAACGUGCCAAACAGUUCCACGAGGCCUGGAGGAAGCUGACAGACUGGCUAGAAGAAGCCGAGAAAAGACUGGACUCAGAGCUGGAGAUCUCCAACGAGCCAGACAAGAUCAAAGUACAACUGGCCAAACACAAGGAGUUUCAGAAAGCGUUGGGGUCAAAGCAGCCUGUCUAUGACACCACAGUGAGGUCUGGAAGAGCCAUGAGGGACAAGGCUCAGCUGCCUGCAGACACCCAGAAACUGGACCACCUGGUGGGAGAGGUCCGCGACAAGUGGGACACGGUCUGUGGCAAGAGUGUAGAGAGACAACACAAGCUGGAGGAGGCUCUGCUGUUCUCAGGCCAGUUUGCCGAGGCUCUCCAGGCCCUGGUGGACUGGUUGUACCGGGUAGAGCCCCAGCUGGCUGAAGACCAGCCAGUCCAUGGAGAUCUGGAUCUGGUGUCCAACCUCAUGGACUCACAUAAGGCUUUCCAAAAAGAGCUAGGCAAGAGAACCAGCAGUGUUCAGGCUCUGAAGCGCUCAGCUCGGGAGCUGAUGGACACUGGUCGCGAUGACACAGCGUGGGUCAAAGUUCAGCUUCAGGAGCUCAGCAACCGCUGGGAUACGGUGUGCGCUCUGUCAGUCACAAAGCAAACCCGCCUCCAGCAGGCCCUCAAACAGGCGGAGGAGUUUCGUACGGCGAUACAGGUGCUUCUGGAGUGGCUCUCUGAGGCCGAGCAGACGCUUCGUUUCCGCGGUGUCCUUCCAGAAGAGGCAGAGACUUUACAGGCACUGCUGCACACACAUCGUGACUUCAUGGGCACCGUGGAGGAGAAGAGGACGGAUGUCAACAAGGCUGCUGGCAUGGGAGAGGGCAUCCUGACCGUUUGUCACCCUGACUCCAUCACCACCAUCAAACACUGGAUCACUAUCAUAAGGGCACGCUUUGAGGAGGUGCUGACGUGGGCCAAACAGCAUGAGCAGCGGCUGGAGACGGCUCUGACUGAGGUGCUCAACAAUGCCAACCUGCUGGAGGAGCUGUUGUCAUGGCUACAGUGGGCCGAGACCACAUUGGUCCAGAGAGACACCGAGCCGCUUCCUCAGGACAUCCCACAGCUCAAAACACUCAUCACAGAACACCAGAUGUUUAUGGAGGAGAUGACGAGGAAGCAGCCAGACGUUGACAAAGUGACGAAGACCUACAAAAGAAAACCAGCUGAGCCUCCCAGCAGCCUGGCCGACAGGAGAGGAGCUCGCAAACACCAGCAACAACAGCAGCAGCAACAGCAGGCAGCCAUGCAGCUCGCCAGCGGAAACCCACGACUCAACCAGCUCUGUGCCAGGUGGCAGCAAGUUUGGCUGCUGGCUCUGGACCGCCAGCGCAAGCUCAACGACGGUCUGGACAGACUGGAGGAGCUCAAAGAGUUCGCCAACUUUGACUUCGAUGUGUGGAGGAAAAAGUACAUGCGCUGGAUGAACCAUAAAAAGUCUCGCGUCAUGGACUUCUUCAGACGCAUCGACAAGGACCAAGAUGGAAAGAUCACACGGCAGGAGUUUAUUGAUGGCAUCCUGGCAUCAAAGUUUCCCACCAGUAAGCUGGAGAUGACAGCUGUGGCAGACAUCUUUGACAGAGACGGAGACGGUUACAUCGACUACUACGAGUUUGUUGCUGCUCUGCACCCCAACAAGGAUGCAUACAGACCCACCACUGACGCUGAUAAGAUCGAGGAUGAGGUGACUCGGCAGGUGGCCCAGUGUAAAUGUGCUAAAAGGUUCCAAGUGGAGCAGAUAGGAGAGAACAAAUAUCGGUUCUUCCUCGGAAACCAGUUCGGUGACUCUCAGCAGCUGCGUCUGGUGAGGAUCCUGCGCAGCACAGUGAUGGUGAGAGUUGGAGGUGGUUGGAUGGCUCUGGACGAGUUCCUUGUCAAAAAUGAUCCAUGCAGAGUGCAACAUCCAGGACUUAAGAUUCUCCGCUCCGAUUCCAGUAGCUCCAUCUCAUCUCGUAUAGCUCGUGGUCGCACCAACCUGGAGUUGAGGGAGAAGUUCAUCCUUCCCGAAGGAGCAUCUCAGGGUCUGGCUGCCUUCCGCUCCCGAGGUCGACGCUCCAAACCAGGCUCCCGCAACGCCUCGCCCACCCGCUCCUCUUCCUCGGCCUCCCACAGCGGCGCCUCCUUGCCCUCUGCUCCCUCCGCCCCCGCCACACCGACAGCCUCAGCAUCAUCCAGGUCCUCCCAUACUCACUCGCGUGACUAUGCCAAGCCCUGGCUGGCACACAGUAAAACUCCAACGCCAACCAAGUGCCACUGCUGCCCAGAUCUCGGUCACAGCCACACCACUCCUGGGCACGAGGGGGCAACGUCUGGGUCCAAACUAAAGAGGCCGACGUUCCAUUCGAGCCGAGGCUCGCUGACCGGAGAGAACGGAGGAACAACACCCUCCGGCAAACCAUCAAGGACUGAUCCAAAACGAGGGGCAUCCACAGCCAGCGGGCCAACCAGCCGAGCCGGCAGCCGUGCAGGCAGCAGAGCCAGCAGUCGCCGCGGCAGCGAUGCCUCGGACGCAUCAGAGCUACAGGACGCUCGCUCCGUCUGCUCUGAUGCCUCAGACACCCCACGACGACCCGGGGCCAAACCCUCCAAGAUUCCCACCAUCUCCAAAAAGGCCCCCAGCCCAAAGACCCCGGGGUCUGCGAAGAAAUAACUCCAGUCAAAGAGAAGGUGGAGCAGAGCCGUUCCUCCUCCGUUUCACAGAGGGUGGACUGCUAUCAUCGGCCUUUUUGGGUGCACCAGCUCUUCAGUCUGAAGUCCAACUAACCGGGCCUGAGUGGAGUUUGUGCACAAUGACUGACAGCUCGAGGGGAAAGAAGGAGAUGGGCAAGAUGGGUGAAUCUCCUUCUCACUCUUUCCCUGGUCUCAUAAAACGGACUGAAAACCUGCACAAGAGGAGGAGAGUUCUGGUCUGGCAGCCCCAGGCCAGAAUCUGUGGGGUCAACACCGACUUUUCCCCUUUAAGAUGUGACCCCAUUUUGCCUUUCAGUCUCCUGCUUUGUCUUUCAGUAGUUCCUCACCAGCGUGGAACCGAACACCAACUGACUUGACGAGAUGCUGCCUUACUUACACACUUCUGUCCCAGUCAGACAGAACAACAGAGAAAGUCUUUAAACUGCUUUGUACCACGCUGACACACAAAUACACACAUUUUAACACAGAGGCGCGGUAGGGAGUGGGACACACCACCACCACCACCACGACUACAAAAACAAAAAAAAGCCCAAAUGACAUUCAGGAAAAAAAAGAAAAAGAAUUGUGGGUCAUUAUUUUGGCUUGUGGGCCAGAUGCCUCAACGAUGAGUUUCAAAAGAAAAUAUGCAACGACUGCCAUGUCGCUUCCUCUGGACUGGUUGGCAAGAAAAACAGUCACCUCAGCAGAUCUGCUGAAGCAGACACCACGUGUGGAGAGCUCGGGAGGCGGGAAACGCUGUCCGACACACACGCACACACACUGGCUAACCUCAGACUCAGAGGGUCGGUGGUGGUGACGGUGGCGGCGGCGGUGCUGCUGCAGCUGAGGGCAAACACUCACACACACAAACACCGCAGAGCAGACUCCUCCCGACCGCUGGAACGUUAAGAUCGGCCUUGUGUGUGCAUUUCAGCAAAGGGCGGUGUGGUUUUGUCACAUGCCGGCGUAACAAUCCCAACACACAAAAAUCACAAACCGGCAAUAGAAAGGACUAUUUUUAUGGCAACACACUCAACUAACAGCACAUUACUGACAAUAUACGACAUGUGUAACCUAACCCCAUGUUAAUGACCGUGUUUGCAGAGUCCGACAACCAGCAUGCACUAAUUGUCUCUUCCUCUGCAGUUCCACCUUAAUGUCUACGCUGCGUUGUCCAUAGCAACCCAGCAGCACACACACACACUCUCACACACACAAGGUGGUGUGUAUUAUGUGUGUCAUUGUUACAGGAAAUGAUAAGAGGUCUUUGACUUGAGUCACUGUAUGCAAAAAUUUUAAUUUGCGAAUGUCUUUUUUCUUCUUCUUGUUGUUUUCUGGUUAAUUUAUAAUCCAGUUGUAUUUUUGUUAUCUAGCUUGAAAGGAAAAUCUAUUUAUUUUUCAGUUUCAUGUCAUAUCACCAUUGGCGGAGAGUGAUUUAGUAUUAUGGUUAAAGAAAUUGUGUUUUUUUUUUUUGUACCAAGGAAAUGUCCGCUCCGCUCUUUGACAUUAUCUGUGUGUUUCUACUUCAUUGUAACAUGACAUUAUUCACUAGGUCUCUGAUUCUAGUGGCAGCCUUGUUUGGUCAUUUGUUCUUUCUUUGCUAAUGACUACAAUUCCCAGACCACGACCAAAGGGGUUUGCCCUUCAUGUGUAGAGAGAACUACAAAUAUGAAUGACAGGAGACGUGGGCAGAGUGGACCAAUGAGAGCAGGUGUCCUCCCUCAUGUCCCUCCCAACGUCUCUUCUUCUAGGCUUUUUUCAAAUGUCCCGUCAUUGACGUGGCUGAGUUGUCUCUGUGUUAUCUCAGUGUAAGAGAGGAAGUUUAUGAAAAACUAAUGAAAUUACAGUAAGAAAGAAGAAGACAUCUUAAGGUGAUUUUUAUUUAUUUAUUGUCUCUCUGAGGGGAGGGGGAUUUGGGGAGCAGGAGACGAGUCCUCCACUUUUUGAUGCUGUGCUACUCUCAGUGUGAUGAUGACAACAUGGAGGGAGGGAGGGGUGUUACUAGGAGUCAGUUGUGUAAAAGUAAAACAAAAAACUAAAAUUAUAAACAAUUUUUUGUUCUGUUUUUGUAUUAAAAUAUGCUUGCAGUAAAACUGUCUCUUGUUUUUAAUUAUUUUUGG